AUGAGAAAAUCGUCGACGCUAUUUAAACUCAUUCUAAUAUAUCGCAUUUUUAAUGCCUUUUUGACAAAAACAUUUUUCCAAGCCGAUGAGUUUUGGCAAUCUUUAGAACCAGCACAUUUAAAAGCUUUUGGAUACGGCAAUCUAACUUGGGAAUGGAACAUCGGACUAAGGAGCUACGCUUUCCCUUUUAUUUUUGAAUUAGGUUAUAGAUCAUGUUCCAUUAUAUCAAGUUGCAUAUAUUUUAUAUUGUCAACUUUUGACAAAAUAUUAUUAUCAAUUGUUUUACAAAAUAAGUAUUUGAAAGAAUCUAACUUUUUGUUGGGUAUAUUAAAAGAAUUCUCACUUUUAACCAAUGCGAUACCACAGGAAACUGGCUAUUUAUUGGUAUUGUAUGUACCAAAAUUAAUAAUGGCCUUUAUUUCAUCAAUUGGUGAGUAUUACACAGUUAUGUUAGCCUACAAAAUUUAUAACCUAACUUUUGCCAAGGAAGAUAAAAAUAGAAACGGACCAACUAUAAUAAAAAUCAUCACUAUCUUAACUUUGACUAAUUUUUUUAAUAACUUUUUUAUCACUAGAACUUUUAUCAAUUCUUUUGAAAUGUCACUAACUUCCAUAGCUUUGUAUUAUUGGGAUUGGUCUUUUGAAAAUUUGCAAAUCAAUCAGUUUUCUUUUUCAUUAAGUAUGUUUAUAAGCAUGUUUACUAUAUUGCAAAGACCAACGAAUGGCUUUAUUUGGUUGUGGCUAGGAAUACAUAAGCUUUAUCAACUGUUAAGCAAUAGAAAAUGGAUGCAAAUACUAAGAAUCGUUAAUGCCGCAAUCAAAAGUUUUUCGUUUGCGCUUGCUCUUAACUGUCUAAUCGAUUACUAUUUUUAUGGUCAUUUAACUUUCCCAGUAUUCAAAUUUAUCAAAUUUAACUUUACCAGCUCUUUGUCUAAAUUUUAUGGACAAGCACCAUGGAAUUUCCAUAUAUUUCAAAGCGUUCCAAUUAUUUUAGGUUAUAAUUUACCCCUUUUCUUAUACGGAAUGAUCACCCCAUUAUAUACAGGUAAAGACAACAGACACAUUUUCAAACUAAUCAAAUUUAUUAUACUGAUGAAUAUAAUUGUGUACUCUAUGAUAUCUCAUAAGGAAUUCAGAUUUAUUUACCCACUUCAACCAUUUUUCCAAAUAAUUUCCACAUUCGCACUAUUUAAAUUGACAGCACGUUAUAAAUUAAAUUUAAAUAAUAAUUUUUUUUGGAUUUUGCCAACUAUAAGUACAAUUGCAGCUUUGUUCCUCUGUAGAGUUCAAGAAGGAGGUGUUAUGGAUGUUAUGUAUUUUUUCCACUCAAUUAAGGGUGAUAUCACCAGCGUGGGCUUUAUAAUGCCGUGUCAUUCGACACCUUGGCAGUCGCAUUUGCACAAGAACAACAUACAAGAUUUAUGGUAUAUUACUUGUGAGCCGCCACUCCAUUUGUUAGAAGACACAAACUCCGAUAAACUCCUUUUAGAGUAUAUGGACGAAAGCGAUUAUCUAUAUGAUAAUAUCCAAUUAUUUUUAUAUCAAAACUUUCCCCCGGUCUACAAUAAAGGCUUGAGAAGUCCCGGCAAACAGUAUUUACAUGAAUGGCCCGAAUUUCUUGUGAUUUUCCAGCAUUUAGAUGAUGAGUUUAUGAAACAGUAUCUAGAAGACAGUCCUUAUUUUGAAUAUACCAGAUUUUCCAAUUCAUUUAUCCAUUGGGACUCCCGUCGCAGCGGGGAUGUCGUUGUUUAUCAUAAAAGGCCAUGGGCUUAA